AUGGAUUCUCGUUCACCACCUCCUCAUAUCAACAUAGAACCUGAGUAUUGUCCACAAGCUGUGUUUGAAUGGUAUCGCUUAACAGGAUUAAAAGAUCGUAAAGAAAGCUUUAGAAGAAAGGAUUUGGCUUUGAAAGCAAAACAACAUCUUUUUUAUUUGGGUUGGAGGUUUUGGUAUAUUGACAAAAAGUGUAGGUGGGAAUUGCGUUAUACUUCUCCUAAUGCCAAAAACUAUACUACUCUUAGAAAAGCCUGCCAUGUUUGCAUUGAACAAGGAGGGUGUUCCCUCAAACACUCUUCAACCGCAGCACCAAUUUCUUCGUCUCCAUUAGAGUUGAAAAAGCGAUCGAGAGAAUCCCAUGAAACAGCAGCAGCAACAAUUUUUUCCUCUGCAUUACAGUUGAAAAAACGACAGAGAAAAUCCAAGGAAGCAGUAGCAAGAGCAUUUACUUUGUCUGCAUUACAGUCGAAGGAGCGACCGGGAGAAUCCGAGGAAACAGCAGCAACAUCAAUUUAUUUGCCUCCUUUACAGUCGAAAGAGCAACUGAGAAAAUCCGAGGAAGCAGCAACAACAACAGCAAUUUCUUCUUCUCCAUUACAGUUGAAAGUGCAACCGAGAGAAUCCGAGGAAGCAGUAGCUAGAGCAUUUUCUUUGUCUCCAUUACAGUCGAAAGAGAGACUGAAAGAAUCCAAGGAAGAAGCAGCAGCAUCAAUUUAUUCUUCUCAAUUACAUUUGAAAGAGCAACCCAGAGAAUCUGAGGAGGAAGCAGAAGCAAUAGCAAUUCCUUCGGAAUUUGAUGAAUCAACUUCUGAUGAGGACUCUGAAGCCUCUAGUACAAGUUCUGAAUCAACUUCUGAUGAGGAUUCUGAAACCUCUUGUUCCAGUUCUGUUAAAAAAGCUACGGUUACUAUGGUAUCAACAACAAUGGAAAAUGAGAAUCAUGUGAGUCAAUCUGAACCAGAAGUUACAAAUUCGGUGGGUAGUGGUAAAAAACUAAAGGUUUUAAAAACUAUUAAAAUGGAGAAGAAUUUGGAGGGUUAUGGUAGAAGAGGGAAAGUAUUGAAGAUGAGUAUAAUGAAGAAGAAUUCAGAGGGUUUUGGUAAAAGAGGGAAGGUAUUAAAGAGGGGAGGUAUAAGGGAAAGUUAUUCCAUUGUUUCUUGGUUGAUAGAGAAUAAAGUUUUGGUUUCAGGAACUCAUGUGUUCUGUCGUGGUAGUGAAAAUAUUGUCAAAAGAGGGAGUAUAUUUUCUGAUGGUAUAGUUUGUAACUGUUGUCGUGUUAAUUUCACCGUCAGUGGAUUUGAGGCUCAUGCUGGUUGUACAAGACACAGACCAUCCAUUAGUAUCUUGUUGGAAGACGGAAGGUCAUUGUUUAAAUGUCAAAGGGAAGCGCGUGAUCAAAAGGGGAGUCAUUGUAUUGGGGAAGCAAAUUCUGAAGCAAAUAACGACAAUGUUUGUUCUAUUUGUGGCUUUGGAGGUGACUUAGUACUAUGUGAUCGAUGUCCUUCUGCAUUCCACCUUGGUUGUUUAGGUCUUGAUCGAGUUCCAGAUGGUGAUUGGUUCUGUCCAACUUGUUGUUGCAAAAUAUGCUAUCGACCCAAAUGCAAACAAGAAUGUGCAGAUGGCAAUGAAAACAAUUUUCUUGUAUGUGUACAAUGUGAGCAAAAAUUUCACUUUGGGUGUGUAAAGACUACAAGAUUUGGAUCUAGUCACACAGAGAGCAAUAUUAAAAAGAAGAAUUGGUUUUGCAGUGUAGUUUGUGGGAACAUGUUCUUAUGUCUAAAGAAGCUAUUGGGGAAACCAAUUAAGGUUGCAGAUAAUAUAAAUUGGACAUUGUUGAAGAAUGUGAGUAGUGACGAUGAUGGUGGAGAUUUUACUUCUAAUGAGUUUAGUCAAGAGAAGCAUAAGUUGAAUGCAGCUCUUGGUGUAUUGUAUGAGGGUUUUAAUCCAACUAUUGAUGCUUUAUCUGGAAGAGAGUUGAUUAAAGAUCUUGUUUUUAGUAGAGAUUCAGAACAUAAACGCUUGAACUUCCGUGGUUUCUAUACUGUGAUUUUGGAGAAAAUGGGGGAAGUGAUUUCGGUGGCAACUAUAAGGAUUUUUGGUCAAAAGGUUGCAGAGAUAGUUUUUGUGGCUACCAAGGAGCAACAUCGAGGACGAGGAAUGUGUCGUUUGUUGAUGGAUGAGCUUGAGGAACAGUUGACUCGCUUAGGAGUAGGAAGAUUGGUUUUGCAUUCAUCUGAAGAUGCUAUAAACACUUGGACAAAAUCGUUUGGUUUUGCUAGGAUGACGAGUGAAGACAAGUGUAAACUUAUUGAUAAUACUUUCUUAGAAUUUCACAACUCUAUCAUGUGCCUUAAACCACUGAAUAUACCUAUAUGGCCUCGCAUUGCUUGA